AUGGCGUUCAAGAGUUCCAUGAUGCAAGCCUUUGACAUGACAGACUUGGGGAAGAUGAGAUUCUUUCUUGGGGUAGAAGUGUUGCAAAAUCCAGGAGAAAUCUUUAUUUGUCAAAGAAAGUAUGCCACUAAUGUACUAAAGAAAUUUGCAAUGUUGGAAAGCAAACCUGUGAAAAAUCCUAUCGUUCCAGGUUCAAAAAUCAACAAAGAUGUUGGUGGGAUAGAAAUAGACGAUACUCACUACAAACAAAUUGUCGGAAGUUUAAUGUACCUCUCCGCCACUAGACCAGACAUCAUGUAUAACAUAAGUUUAAUUAGCAGAUAUAUGUCAAAGCCUACUGAGUUGCAUUUACAAGCCGCAAAACGAAUAUUGAGGUACUUAAGAGGAACUGUGGGUUAUGGAAUCCUCUAUAAGCAGGGAGGGGAUGAUGAGUUAAUAGCCUUCACAGACUCAGAUUAUAGUUCUGGAGCUGUCUCAUGGAUGUCCAAGAAGCAACCAAUUGUCAGUCUUUCUACUACUGAAGCAGAGUUCAUAGUUGUUGCUGCAAGUGCCUGUCAAGCUGUGUGA